CUUGGACUUCACCUCCAGCCCAGCCCAGCCAAGGCAUUCACCACCCGCUCUCCCCUCCACCUCCUGCCGUGGCUCCUAUCUCCUCGCCUCUGUAUCACAUACAGUGGCUCUCGCCUACUAUUCGCAGCAAUGCUGGCCCGUUCAGUCCUGCGCACCGCGCCCGCCCGGGCCAUCGCUCGCCAGAGCCUCCGUCAGAACUCGCGUGCUUCUUCCACGGCAUCCGGUGCUGAGAAUGCCAGCUCUCCCUUCUACCUGACCGCGACCGCUACCGCUGCCACAAUUGCCACGAUCGGAUCCGCUGCCUGGUAUUAUCAUCUCUAUGGCCAGGAGGCUUUCGCCAUGACCCCUGCCGAGGAGGGAUUGCACCCGGCUAAAUAUCCAUGGGAACAUGCCCAGUGGACUAAGACUUUCGACCACCAAGCUCUCCGUCGUGGUUUCCAGGUUUACCGUGAAGUCUGCGCCAGCUGCCACUCGCUGACUCGCGUUCCUUGGCGUGACUUUGUCGGUGUCCUCCAUACCGUUGAUGAGAUGAAGACGAUGGCUGAGGAAAACGAAUACGACACCGAGCCCAAUGACGAGGGUGAGAUUGAGAAGCGCCCAGGAAAGCUUUCCGACUACAUGCCCGCUCCUUACAAGAACGACGAGGCUGCACGUGCCGCCAACAACGGUGCUCUGCCUCCCGAUCUGAGCUUGAUCAUCAAGGCCCGUCAUGGUGGCUGCGACUACGUAUUCUCCCUGUUGACUGGCUAUCCUGACGAGCCUCCCGCCGGUGCCUCUGUCCAGGAGGGAUUGAACUUCAACCCCUACUUCCCGGGUACCGGUAUUGCCAUGGCUCGUGUUCUCUUUGAUGGUCUCGUUGAAUACGAAGAUGGUACCCCCGCUACGACCUCCCAAAUGGCCAAGGAUGUUGUCGAGUUCCUGAACUGGGCCGCCGAACCCGAGAUGGACGAGCGCAAGAAGAUGGGUCUCAAAGCCAUCACCAUCUCCGCCGGUCUUUUCGCUCUCAGUGUCUGGGUCAAGCGCUACAAGUGGGCCGCCAUCAAAUCGAGAAAGAUUGUCUACAACCCGCCCGUGCGACGUUAAACAGUAAUACGUCUAAAGAUUAGGAGAAUAUCCUCACAUAAUUUCCACCGCCUUAUGUGCCAACUGAUAUCGCUCAGAAUAUAUGUAUCUGUACGCUAAAAGAUAUCUCUUUUUUGAAGGUUUGUUUGAGACAAAGCGGAAAGAAAGGCAAAAGACAAAACACCUCUCUUUGCAGGUAUACAUUGGGUGUGACCUGUGGACUCGUUGUAUACAUACUUUUUAAACAGCUUUACUGAGGGCUUAGAUUUCCUUUGUGUCAAUUUUGAUAGUCGAAUAUGCAUUUCAUUG